AUGGAGAAAGACAGAGGCAACAUAAAGAAGCCGUGGGAUACCUGCAGGGAGACUCCCAUCAUUAAGGAUGAACAGACGCCAUGGAAGAUCAUCAAACUGCUAAAGAUCGCCUCUCUGGCUAUCGUCGCAGUGUUUGUCUUUGGAUUGGCGCUAUGUAGCAGACUUGACAAAGUGCCAGAAUGUAGUGCGCAUCCUAACCAGCUGCUGAGGAUUGCCGUGACCGCCUGUGUGCUCGGAGCCUACGUCCACUUGGACAACAUGGACUGGAAAAUCGUGACCCUGAUUCCAAGCCGUGAGACAAAAAUUAUAGCCAUCAUCAUCGGGGUCCAGCUGAUCUCAUCUGCACUCUGCCACUGGUUUUCUUUGGUAGCCUGCAAGAUGCACGCCCUGCGGCGAUGCUUCAUCAUGCCUUUGUACCUGGCCUCUCUGGCCGUCAUGCUGGUUUUGGAUGUCACACACACUCUGUGCUUCCUGGACAUGUCCAAGAUGGCUGACAUUGGAUUAUUGACAGGGUCGGCAGUAUCCUGGUGGCUCGGCCUUUUGCUGGCCACUCUCCAUCUGUGGUACCUAAACGUGGAUCGUAUCCAGAGGACCCAAGACCUGUUCACCAGGAGGCUGUAUGAAGGAGCAUUUAUUGAACAGUCCCUGCUCCUCAACACCCGAUUCGACAUCCUGUCCAAAGACAGGAAAAAGAAGGUAUACGAAACGUUGAUGGUGUAUCUGUGUGCGACAAUGUGGCACGAAACCUACAGCGAGAUGAUGAACAUCAUUAUCUCAAUAUUCAGACUGGAUAAGUACAGACCAAAGACAGAAGAUGAAAAGAACACUGAUUUCAAGUUUGAAACCCAUAUCUACUUUGAUGAUGCGUUCACUGAUGAUAAAGAUAGUCGGGGGCGUCACCUCAACAAAUAUGCACUAAACCUUGUGGAGAUCUUCACAGAAGUUUAUGGAAUCUUCACAAACAUCAACGACGAGUUCUUCAAUAAGAAGCAGCAAAUCCCUGAACAGAAUAUAAUAAGGACACCGUAUGGAGGACGCCUGGAGGUCACCAUGCCUCAUGGGAACAUCAUCACCGUUCACUUUAAGGAUAAAGAUCUCAUCCGCCACAAGAAGAGAUGGUCCCAGGUCAUGUAUCUUUACUAUCUUCUGGGCUGGAAACUCAUGACCAAGUAUUAUGCACGCUAUCAGAAGGGAGAGGACGGGCCUGAGUUUAGAGCAGAAGUUGAGAAAGAAAAGCAAAACACCUACAUCCUGGCUUUAGAUGGAGACACAGACUUCCAACCGGCUGCUUUGAUGCUGCUCAUCGAUCGUCUGAAAAUGUACCCAAGUGUCGGAGCAGCGUGUGGCAGGAUUCACCCCACUGGCUCAGGUCCCGCAGUGUGGUUCCAGAAGUUUGAGUACGCUAUUAGUCAUUGGCUGCAAAAGACAGCGGAGCAUGUCAUUGGCUGUGUGCUUUGCAGCCCCGGCUGCUUCAGUCUAUUCAGAGCAAAGGCGCUGAUGGACGACAACGUGAUGAAGAAAUACUCCAGCAAGUCCAUGGAGGCGAGCCACUACAUCCAGUACGAUCAAGGUGAGGACCGCUGGCUGUGUACUCUGCUGCUGAAACAAGGAUGGAGAGUGGAGUACAAUGCAGCAGCUGAUGCUUUCACCAAUGCACCGGAGAACUUCAACGAACUCUACAACCAGCGUCGGCGUUGGCCGUCCACAAUGGCCAAUGUGAUGGAUCUCUGGCGCAACCAGCACAGUUUCCAGAAAAACCGAAGCAUAUCCAAACUUUUCAUGUUCUACCAGCUCUUUGCCAUCGCCUCAGCCAUCCUGGCCCCUGCCACAAUCUGCCUUAUGGUUGCAGGUAGUUUUACCUUCAUCUUUAACAUGAAUGCCAGCGCUUCCCUGGUCCUGGCUAUCAUACCGCCUGUCAUCUACCUUAUUCUUUGCUUUUAUCUGAAGUCCGAAACUCAGAUUACAAUUGCAGGAGUCCUAAGUGUCUUGUACGCAUUCCUCAUGUUGGUGGUGACGUUAUCCAUUAUCGGCUCAAUGGUGAAAGAAAAGACUAUCCUGACACCCAGCGGCAUGUUCGUCAUUGCCAUUUCUGCCAUUUACAUCAUCACAGCGAUAAUGCAUCCUCAGGAAAUCCAACUGAUCUUCUACGGCGUACUCUACAUCCUCUGCAUCCCAAGCGCCUACCUCCUUCUCUCCAUCUACUCCAUGGUCAACAUGAACAACGUUUCCUGGGGCACCCGGGAGACAAAACCUGUUGCUGGAGAUGCCCCACCACAGCCUUCCACCCCACAAACAAGAACCCAGAAAGCCAAAAGUGCAUGCCAACGGUUCUUCUCGUGGGCCAGAUGUUGUAAAAACUCCAACCAGAGUUCUGGAGACGGGCAUCACGGUGACGGCCAGCCAGUCCUGAUCCCACAGUCCGCACAGCCAGAACUCCGGCCCCAAAACACACGUGUUGAUAGCCCAAUGUUUACAGUGAAUGCUAAUUUAUCAUCUGAUUUAUCUGUGUGUGCUACAAGGCAACCGGAGCCUGAUUUUCAAGAUUGGGUCACACAAAUGAAGGAUGUGUUCAGUGACAUGCAGCUGCAGGAGGCCUCACUCAAAAAGGAGGAGGAGCAGUUCUGGAUGGAUCUUCAGAAGAAGUACUUGGAGCCUUUGCAGGUUGAUAAAGAGAGACAGCAAAAGAUUGUGAAUGACCUGCGACAGCUGAGAAACAAAAUAAACUUUGCCUACUUCAUGAUGAAUGCCCUGUGGCUGGUGGCGACAUUUACCCUCCAGCUCUUCGAGGCCACCGUCGCUAUCCGA